AUUAGAAAAGGAGGUAAAACCCAAGUAUUUAUAAUGUCGUCAAGAACCACCACAAGUGCGGCUUCAGUAGAAGAGGUCACGGUGACAGGUGAACCAAAGCUAAAAGGUAAGCUACGAUUCCGUGCACUUGUGAGGAAAGUGUUUGCCAACCUCUAUUGGCUGACUGAAACUGAAGAAGAGGAAAUAGAUGAAACUGACCAACAGAAAAUAUUGGCUCUGAAGCGGAAAAGGGGCAAAAAGGGCACACUUUCCCUGCAGGACAAAGCAUCAUUUAUGAAACCAGCAGAAUAUCGCUCUGAGAAGGAAAGAGAAAUCCUUAGUAGCAUUGUUUGUGGACUUCAGUGCUUCAAACGUUAUCCUGAGGAUGUGCAGAAGAAACUAGCAGAAGUUACUUAUCUCCUUUGCUAUGGGCCAGGCAGAGUUAUUGUCAAACAGGAAGGUCUUCCAACGGGCAUUUAUUUUGUAUUGUCGGGUAAAGCUGGUAUAACACAAUCAGCUAUAGACCCGGUGUCAAAUGAACCUGUCAUCAUUCCAGCGGGUGAUUUGGAGCCAGGAGAUGUAUUUGGAGAAAUUUCUUUAAUACAUGAUAUUCCUAGAACGGCUACUGUAACAACUUACACAACAUGCGAACUGCUUCAUAUUGAGAAAAAAGAUUUUGAUAAGGUGAUAGAGGAAACAAUAAAGCCAGACUGGGAUAUGUGCAAAUAUGCUAUGGCAAGAUUUCCAUAUUUUGAUGAAUGGAGUUCAGUUGCUCUUCACGAGUGCUGUAUGCUUUCAAGAAUUAAAACAUAUGAGCCAAAUGAAACAAUAUUAGCCUGUGGAGCACGAACCAAUUAUGUGUUCUUCGUAUUAAAAGGAUUGUGCCAGAUAAUUCAACAUUUAAAUAUAAUUGUAAAAGAAACAAAGAAAGGUCAUCAUAGGUGUAGAUUACAGACAUUCGGGACAGGAAUUAAACCUGGCGAAAUUGGACAAACACACUUUAUGCAAAUAUGUGUUCUUAGUGAGCUUGCUACUUUUGGUCUUGGUGAAAAUCUGACAGAUCGUAGGAUUAUUGCUUUAACACCUGUUGAGUGUCUUCUUUGCCCCAGAUAUUGGAUUAUGCAGAAUAACAAAGCAAAUUUGUGGGUACGUAUAAAACGUUUCGUGGACCGGCGAUUGCCAUCCACACAGCAGGUUUUUCACAGCUUUGUUGAAAAUAGAAGAUGGAGACAUUACAGCAGAGAUCUAGUCAUCGACAGCCUUCGUAAUCGUUAUAUACCAAAUGAUACGAGCAUAUCUGAUGUUCCAUACUCCAUUAGAAUUAGUGAAUACUAUGUUGAUCGCUAA